CACGCUACGGGGCUCACACGUGUCUGGCCCGCGACGCGCUCUCCCUUGGCCAGGAUCCCAGUUUCCCGCCCAGGAGUCCUCGGUCCCUCCCCCGAGGCCGCCGGGCCCUCCUCCAGAGCCCCGCGGCCCGCCCCGGGGGCUCCAGGCCAGCCCCGCCGUCACCCGGGGCGAGCCCGCGAGAGGCCUGGUGCAGCUGGCAGCCCCGCCCCGGCACCGCCUGCUCUUUCUCGCGGGUCCAGACCGCGAGCGCGGGGGCCGAUGGGUUGCCGCUGCGCCGGGCCGGGUGGCGCGGGAUGGCGGCCACCGCGCUGCUGGAGGCUGGCCUGGCGCGGGUGCUCUUCUACCCGACGCUGCUCUACACCCUGUUCCGCGGGAAGGUGCCGGGUCGGGCGCACCGGGACUGGUACCACCGUAUCGACCCCACAGUGCUGCUGGGCGCGCUGCCGUUGCGGAGCUUGACGCGCCAGCUGGUACAGGACGAGAACGUGCGCGGGGUGAUCACCAUGAACGAGGAGUAUGAGACGAGGUUCCUGUGCCACUCUUCACAGGAGUGGAAGAGACUAGGAGUCGAGCAGCUGCGGCUCAGCACAGUAGACAUGACUGGGAUCCCUACCUUGGACAACCUCCAGAAGGGAGUCCAAUUUGCUCUCAAGUACCAGUCGCUGGGCCAGUGUGUCUACGUGCAUUGUAAGGCUGGGCGCUCCAGGAGUGCCACUAUGGUGGCAGCAUACCUGAUUCAGGUGCACAGAUGGAGUCCAGAGGAGGCUGUAAGAGCCAUCGCCAAGAUCCGGUCUUACAUCCACAUCAGGCCUGGCCAGCUGGAUGUUCUUAAACAGUUCCACAAGCAGGUUACUGCAGGGGCAACAAAGGAUGGGACUUUUGACACUUCAAAGACAUGAUGUACGUGGAUUAGAAAGAACUCAAGACACUCCUGCUUGAUACAGAAUAAAAAAUGCUUAACAGGACCAACAGGGCUUAAGUCCAGACUUGACAUAACUGAAAUAUGCCAAGAGGUAAUAGGAAAUUCUGCUUUUUCUGUCUUGUUUCGUUUUCUUGAGAUAACACUCUUGUGUGGCUAGAAAGGAAAA